AUGCUCACUAUCGCCAUCAGGAGAUCUCGAGCUACAAGAGAGUGCAGGGCUAUGAGGGAACACCGGCAGGCCGCUGACGGUGAGCUAUGGGGAUCGACUAGAUGGGAUUCCUGCCAGUUGAGAAGACGGUGUAACACCGUCCAGUAUGAUCGAUAUAGUGCGAUUGAUCCUACACAGCAUACAGAGUGGCUUGCCUCCAAGGCCCUCGGUGAUGGAAUGCAGGAGUUUGAAGACAUAGUAGAGGCUGAUGUCCAGUGA